AUGGACAAGAACGACCUGGUACAGAAGGCUAAGCUGGCCGAGCAGGCCGAGCGCUACGACGACAUGGCGGCGGCGAUGAAGGCGGUGACGGAGCAGGGCGGCGAGCUCUCCAACGAGGAGCGCAACCUGCUGUCGGUGGCCUACAAGAACGUGGUGGGGGCACGUCGCUCCUCCUGGCGCGUCAUCUCCAGCAUCGAGCAAAAGACAGAGGGCAACGAGAAGAAGCAGCAGAUGGCACGCGAGUACCGCGAGAAGAUUGAGGCCGAGCUGCAGGACAUCUGCAAGGACGUGCUGGUGAGAGAGCGCGGCCCCUUGCUACUCCCUAUGGUCCCCCCUCGCUCUUAAAUGAGGGGUCCCGUGAUGUUAUGGGGAUGUGUGAUAUAAUGUAACACUGGGGCUGUAGUUCAAUUCAUUUAGAGUCCAGGCAAUUUAGGAAUGCCUUAUACUCAACAGGCAUUUUUUCAUUAUGCAUUCUGAAUGUGAGCUGGAAUGAAUUUGACCCCAAAGCAAGGUUGCAAAGCAUAAUCUAUUUUGGGUUCAUCUUUUGUUUGGUCCUGUGUGUUGAAAGGGCGGACUUGAGUUGAAUGACACCCAACCAACCCCUCUUUUUUUCCUGUUUUAGGCACUCCUCGACAAUUACCUCAUUGCCAAUGCGACUCAGGCAGAAAGCAAGGUGUUCUACCUUAAAAUGAAAGGCGACUACUACAGAUAUCUGUCUGAGGUGGCAUCUGGAGAAUCAAAGAAGAGUAAGUAGACAUCUGUCCUAUGAAGAAGCUUCUGAGUCACCCAUAUUCGUUAACCAGCCACUUUCCUUCAGCCUCUGAUUAUCAUGGAAAUAAGCAAAACCUCAAAUUUGAUGUCCACAUACUACAUAAGAUCUAGACAAUGUUGAAUUAGUAUCCAUUAUACAGGAGAUGCGCUGUGAAAUGAAACAUGAAUUCACUUCAACAAAAGCAUGAUGCCGUUUAAUGAAUUGGGCCUCUUCUCUCUCUCUGUCACAGCCACAGUGGAGAACUCCCAGCAGGCCUACCAGGAGGCCUUUGACAUCAGCAAGAAGGACAUGCAGCCGACACACCCCAUCAGGCUGGGCCUCGCUCUCAACUUUUCCGUCUUCUACUAUGAGAUCCUCAACUCCCCCGAGCAGGCCUGCAGUUUGGCGAAGGCGGUGGGGCACCGUUAUACACUCGCUCUCGCACAAACACACACACACACACACACGUUCCACCGUCACACAGCAGCGCCUGCGUGAUCAGCGGGAGCCUGGCCUAACCGAAUCAAUACAGAGCGCAAACACGCCCCUCCUGCUCAGCUACACUGUAUAUACAAAAGUAUGUGGACACACCUUCAAAUUAGUGGAUUCGGCUAUUUCAGCCACACCCGUUACUGACAGGUGUAUAAAAUUGCGCACACAGCCAUGCAAUCUCCAUAGACAAACACUGGCAGUAGAAUGGCCUUACUGAAGGGCUCAGUGUCUUUCAACGUGGCACAGUCAUAGGAUGCCACCUUUCCAACAAGUCAGUUUGUCAAAUUUCUGCCCUGCUGGAGCUUCCCCGGUCAACUGUAAGUGCUGUUAUUGUGAAGUGGAAAUGGCUCAGCCGCGAAGUGGUAGGCCACACAAGCUCACAGAACGGGACCGCUGAAGCGCGUAGCGUGUAAAAAAUUGUCUGUCCUCGGUUCCAACACUCACUACUGAAUUCCAAACUGCCUCUGGAAGCAACGUCAGCAAAAUAACUGUUAGUCGGGAGCUUCAUGAAAUGGGUUUCCAUGACCGAGCUGCCGCACACAAGCCUAAGAUCACCAUGCGAUGGUGUAAAGCUCGCCGCCAUUGGACUAUGGGGCAGUGGAAACGUGUUCUCUGCAGUGAUGAAUCACGCUUCGCCAUCUGGCAGUCUGACGGACGAACCUGGGUUUGGCGGAUGCCAGGAAAACGCUACCUGCCCCAAUGCAUAGUGCCAACUGUAAAGUUUGGUGGAGGAGGAAUAAUGGUCUUUGGCUGUUUUUCAUGGUUCGGGCUAGGCCCCUUAGUUCCAGUGAAGGGAAAUCUUAACGCUACAGCAUACAUUCUAGACGAUUCUGUGCUUCCAAUGUUGUCGCAACAGUUUGGGGGAGGCCCUUUCUUGUUUCAGCAUGACAAUGCCCUCGUGCACAAAGCGAGGUCCAUACAGAAAUGGUUUGUCGAGAUUGGUGUUGAAGAACUUGACUGGCCUGCACAGAGCCCUGACCGCAACCCCAUCGAACACCUUUGGGAUGAAUUGGAACGCUGACUGCGAGCCCGGCCUAAUCACCCAACAUCAGUGCCCGACCUCACUAAUGCUUGUGUGGCUGAAUGGAAGUAAGUCCCCGCAGCCAUGUUCCAACAUCUAGUGGAAAGCCUUCCCAGAAGAGUGGAGGCUGUUAUAGCAGCAAAGGGGGGGACCAACUCCAUAUUAAUGCCCAUGAUUUUGAAAUGAGAUGUUCGAUGAGCAGGUGUCCACAUACUUUUGGUCAUGUAGUGUAUGUGUCACAAACCUGCUCAUUAACACCGGUGCUCGUGCUGUUGGCAUUUGCCAGAUAUUGAAUCAAAAAUAGACUUUGAUGGAUGGUGCUUUGUCAUCUGGUAUGCCCUUUUAGGGGUAAUGCGUUUUAAAGUGUUUUGGAGGCAUUGUAGGUUUUUGUAUUCUGGGACUUUCAGAACAUAUUUUUUACCUCCUUCCAUAUGCCUGUUUUCCCUCUAGGCUUUCGACGAAGCGAUUGCCGAGCUUGACACCUUGAACGAGGACUCUUACAAAGACAGCACCCUGAUCAUGCAGCUACUAAGGGACAACCUCACUGUAAGUGCUUACCGACAAUACACGCCUUGCCAAUGUAAUGCCAUUCAAAUGCAUUAUCGUUUGAUACUCUUGGAACUGAAUACCUCGAGUGUAUGAAUCCAAUGAACUCAAUGGUUGGGUGUGUUUUUUUUCUUCCCCUCUGCAGCUGUGGACAUCAGAAAACCAGGGUGACGAGGGGGAUGCCGGCGAAGGGGAGAACUAA